AUGGCGACGUACGCUGCCAACCCAGUAGCGGACGAUAGCAAUCUACUCAGCGCGGAUUUCACCCCCAUGCAGAUCGAUCCUGCAUCGGAAAGUACCGACAAUUCUACUGAAUCGAGACUGCAUGCCGUGAAUGUCGCAAUGGGUUGUCCGGAAUUUGAGACAGCAUUCGACAUGGCUACACCCGGAAGUUCCACUCCGUUCCGGUCGUUCACGUUGACCAAAGGUACCGGUUAUGCUUACGUGGCACUACACCUCAGCAAGCUCUGGAUGCCUCGUGGUGCCUCGGUGGUGCUUCGAGCAGUGGAAGGUUUCGACGCUCCGGAUCGUACGCUCAACCUGUCCCUGAACUACCCUAGUGAUAAGGUGCACGGCAACGUUCAGGCUCAGCCUCUUCUUGCAAAAGAGUUUCGCAUCGAAUUCUACCGCAACGCAGGUAGUCUUAACACUACGGACGACGAUGCCGACGUCAUCGCGAACUCCUUUAGUGUAACAAACAGUGACGCCACCUGCUACGGUUUCGUGGUGGACGCGUACUACUAUGUGCUCAUGGAUAAUGACAACCCGAUCUCGGCCACAGACGAGAGUAUCUGCGCUGCGGACAACACCAAAGAGGCUAUUUGCUACUAUGACGACACUAACACCCGGACGGCGUUCUUAGCGGCUCGAUCCGUGGCUCGGUUGCUCAUUCCGAAAGGCUUGGGAGCGUCUGCGGGCUGUACUGGUUGGCUGAUUGGUAACGAAGGACACCUCAUGACGAACCACCACUGCGUGUCCACCGACGACGAAGCGAGUAGCACAACGGUCGAGUUCAUGGCUGAAGCUGAUGUAUGCAGCGACAGCGUCUCGUGUGCCUCAUGGGGGGCGUGUCCAGGCGACCUUGUCUCAAUGAGUGCUGAACUUAUUCACGCUGACGAAGAGCUGGACUACGCCCUACUUAAAGUACCUGAUGAUGGAGCUGCUAUCGCUCAAAAGUACGGUUAUCUGAGACUUAAGACACGUGACGGUGUCGUGGGCGAGCAAGUAUAUAUCCCACAACAUCCGCUGUACAAAGGCAAACGGAUUGCCAUGGUCGACGACUACGCAAACAACGUGGCGUUGCUGAGUCUCAAGGCCAGUUCCUGCGGUGGUUCAGGCUACUCGUACAGCGGGGACACGCAGAGCGGAUCAUCCGGAUCGCCCGUCAUCUCCUUCGCAGACCACGGCGUUAUCGCAUUGCACCACUGCGGCGAGAUGUGUGCUAAUACGGGCGUCCCGGCCAGGCGUAUCAUAGCGGACUUGAUACUAAACGGCAUUGAUGUAGCGGAGUUUGAUGGCGUCGACGAUGGGUCAAACGCUAUGACCAACACGGAGUGUUUCCCAGCGUUUAUCCCGCCUCCUCCUGAGGUCGCUCAACCACUGACACCGCGUCUAACCAUGAACGGCGCUAUCAUCCUCGCGUCCAGCUACGUCAGUAUUGAUUCCGUGAAAUUCACACUGAGCAGCGACGCAGACAUCUCGUUCGACGUGCUAUCAGUUGAGAUCGCAGACAACGACACCUUCUACGAUCUGAACGGCGACUGUCGCGCUUCGUACUUGGAUGCGAUGAUAUAUCUCUUCGCAGAAGGAGACUCCGCAGCCGUCUUCACCGUGGACGACAGUCCAGGUGAUGACGCGACCCAGGACGGAUCUGUCAGCUACCGAGAUCCGUAUAAACGAACGUUCCUUAAGCAAGGAUCCUACACUCUCGCCGUUGCACCAACAGGCGCAAGUGAGGAAGACGCUCGUAUUGGCAAGACAAAGGCUGACUACCCGCCUGAGCUCUACACCUGCCGCGCGCGCGGCUCGUACGGGUCCUACAAGCUGCAGAUCUCCAGUACAGUCGGUGACAACCCGUUCACGUUCACGAGCUUGCCGGCAACGGUAGGCAUCAACCCAGCAUCAUGCAAUAAACCAGCCGAAGCUAUCUGCUCGAGUUAUUAA